AUGAGCGCUCUAUUCGACUUUGAGACGGUCUUGUACGUGCUGCUUCUGAUUGUGUGCACUGCUACGUACCUUCGGCAGUUUAGACCCACACUCUACCACCGUGAUAGCCUUGAGCUCUACAAGAAAUUCCUCUACAAAUGCAGUGUGGUGGGCGAUCGCCUCUCUCCAUGGGUCUCCAUCUGCUGCCUCAUCUUGGCCUUCCGCAUCGUUUUUGUGUAUUGA